GUGGCGACCCGGGCCCGACGCCGCGAGUGGCGGUUGUUUGAAGAUGGCGGACGUGGCGGGCCCCUCCCGCGCGGGCGUCCCCGCGUUCUGGAGCCGCGACGUUUCUGAUGAAGAACAGUCGAUAGUAUAUGUUCCAGGAAUUUCUACAGAAGGAAAUACCCGAUCAAGACACAAGUUGUUGACUCCAAAAGCUGAUGGUAAAGUGAAGACGUCCAGAGUGACUGAUGCCUCUGUGUCUGGGGAGUCCUUGAAAGGUGCAGGAGACUCAGUAGCUGAUAUGUCAAAUUUCUGCAAGGAAAGAAUGAAGAGUGCAUCACUGAAGGAUUUAUGUCUUGAAGACAAAAGACGAAUUGCAAAUUUAAUUAAAGAACUGGCCAGGGUAAGUGAAGAAAAGGAAGUGACUGAGGAGAGACUGAAGGCAGAACAGGAGUCAUUUGAGAAGAAGAUCCGGCAGUUGGAAGAACAGAAUGAGCUGAUCAUCAGAGAAAGGGAAGCUCUUCAGCUACAAUAUAGAGAAUGCCAAGAGCUUUUAAGCCUUUAUCAGAAAUACCUAUCAGAACAGCAAGAGAAGCUCACCAUGUCUCUCUCAGAACUGGAUGCUGCAAGAGGGCAGGGACAGCAGAUAACCAACAAGAAAAGCACUCCGCCGUCUUCGAAUAUGGACCUGGAUGGUUCCUAUUUGAGUGUGGCCAAACCACAGACAUCUUGUCAAAGCCAGCUGAGGCCCAGGUCUGCUAGCCUGGACAUGGCAGCAGAAUCGUGUGUGGAUUUCAAGAAUAAUUCUUUGAAUCCAUUAGCACUUCAUCAUCAGCCCACAGAAGAGUUAGCCAGGGAGCCAUCAGAAACCAUACCCUGCACUUCUGCAUCUCCCGGGAGGAAGCGGGUGAAUGCAGCCCCAACAGAGAUAGCAGCACCAGAAGACAUGAGGAUGAAGGCAUGCCCACCCCGUCAGCCUGCCCCAUCUAGACAGCAUUGCCUAGAAGGUUGUGCUUUGGAGAACCGUCAUCCUUUAAACAUGGCCCACCGGUGUUCCAAGGCACAUCCUGAGUCAUGCAGUUACUGUGGGCUCUCUUGGGCAUCUCUCAUGCACAACAGUGGGUCACUGCUGCCCAGUGAGGCAGAUGUCAAAAAGCAACUCUCAGAAGAUAGGAGGCAGCAGCUCCUGCUUCAGAAAAUGGAGCUGGAGAUUGAGAAGGAACGCCUUCAGCACCAGCUGGCUCAGCAGGAGACAAAGCUGCUCCUCAAGCAGCAGCAGCUUCACCAGUCUCGGCUGGAUUACAACUGGUUACGAACUCAAGCUAUAUUUAAGUCAAGAGAGUUGGUCACUGACAAAGAGUUUUCUAAACCUGGAGAGCUCAAUCUGGAUAUAAGUGGAAGUGACUGUGGACCAAGUUUAUUGAAGUCAAAAUCUGCUGGAUGGCUCCCCAGAACCUCUUCAUCCUUUAAAAAGUACCAGGACUCUCCAAACAGUGGGCAGGCUAGAAAGGAGAAAAAGACAGUUGAGUUCCAGUCACAUGCCGAAGAUGAUGCCCAGUGGCUGUGUCAACAAAAAGAUGCAUGCAGACCCCAGAAAGGGACAAUGGCAGGAGUAACAAAAGAUGCAUCCACAUCCCCUAUACUAACUGGAAGCCAAAAGGACCUUGUAACUACAGCCUCAUCAUCAUCCCAGUUCAACAGUUCACGGUAUGAGACAUCUCUGUUGGAUUUGGUUCAAUCUCUGAGUCCCAACUCUGCUCCUAGACCUCAGUCCCUUCCCUGCAGAGCAGCUGGGGCCUGGAAUCACAGCGUUCUCCGGCCCAGCCCUCAGAAAUCAAUCUGGAAGAAGAUGGGGACACGUAGGAGCCCUGAAGAUCUGGAGGAGAAUCAGAUUCUGGAAGAUAUAUUUUUCAUUUGACUCUGAAACUCCAUAGGAAGUAUGUGGAUUCCUUCACAUACUGAUGUAGAAUGUUAAAUUGCUUGAUUGCAAAGUAAUCGAGUUUCUCCUUUUAUGGGACCUAUCUAGCUAGCCUCCUAUUAUGUAUUUGAAUAUAGAGCUCAUUCUAACAAACCAGGGUGGGUGUGGUCACAUGUUGUAAGAGGUGGGCUUGGGGAUUGUGUAACUUUUCUGUGUCAACAGAAAUUGGAAACUUGCAAUACUUUGUACAUGACAGACACCAUUGCAUAUUUGGUGUCAUCUUAGGAGUGCUUCCUCUCAUCUUCUGCUGGAAAAGCUUGGUUCUCUUCACACAAGGAGAACCUUCCCCUAGACAGUCUUCCAGAUAUGAAAGUGGUCAUUCCAGACAGGCUUUUCCCUUCUUCACCCUGUGCUCCCAUGACCUCAAUCUCUGAGUGAAGUUGAGUUGGUGUCCUUGCCAUCACCAGCAAUACUGGCAACAUGGUGCAGGUUACUCAUGGCAGUCAUCAGCCUGAUGGUUGCCCAGCCCAUAACUAAAGGCCUAGAAGGCUGGAGGGAAGGCCUGCAGGAUGAUGACUGCUGGGAAAUGUGGUGAGGGCGAGCCUGCUCAUGGCCCACCAGUGCCCACGUAGUCCCAGUCUGUCUCUUCAGGCUGAGCCUGGGCUGCCACUUCUACCCAGCCUUCCUUCACAUGGGCAUGUUUUGUUCUCGGGGGCCUCCAAAUGUCAUUUUAAACUGAGAUAAAUAUAAGGGUAGGACUAACUAGUUAUAGUCAUUUCCUUGGAAAGUUUAAAAUUCAUGACAUAAACCGGGGGUGGUGGCACACGCCUUUAAUCCCAGCACUCGUGAGGCAGAGGAAGGAGGAUCACUGAGUUCGAGGCCACCCCUCUGAGACUACAUGAAUUCCAGGUCAGCCUGGGCCUGAGUGAGACCCUACCUCGAAAAUCAAAAAAAAAAAAAAAAAAACAUGGCAGAUCCCAACUUCCUUUCCAGGUUCACUCCCUGAGAGAAAUAAAA